AUUCUGUAUAAAUAUGAUCAUCAUUAGUUAGUUUAUUUCAAAACGCUCUACAAUGCGCAUCACCCUGUUGUUGUUGGCUCUGGGCCUGGCCGUCGUGGCAGCUGUCCCCAGGAAUCCUCAGAGGAUUGUUGGUGGAUCGACAACCACUAUUUCACAGUAUCCAUACGGUGCUGCUUUGCUGUACUCAUGGACUGGUUCAAACCACAGGCAAGCUUGCGGCGGGACGAUCUUGAAUAACCGAUCUAUUUUGACUGCUGCUCAUUGUGUUUGGCGCGACUCUGCUAGUCGGUGGCGCAUCCGUGUCGGAUCUACUAAUGCUAACAGCGGUGGUGUCGUCCACAAUACUAACACAAUCAUCAUACAUCCGAAUUACAACACUCGCAAUCUGGACAACGAUGUUGCUGUCCUGCGAUCCUCUUCCAACUUCGCAUUCAACAACAACGUUCGUGCUGCUAGCAUUGCAGGUUCUAACUACAACCUUGGUGAUAAUCAACAGGUUUGGGCUAUAGGAUGGGGCGCUAUUGCUUUCAGAGGACAAAGUUCUGAACAACUACGCCAUGUACAAAUCUGGACCGUCAACCAGAACACAUGCAGGCAACGUUACGCUACCAGGGGAUCAACUGUCACCGACAACAUGUUGUGCUCCGGAUGGCUCGAUGUCGGGGGUCGCGACCAGUGCCAAGGCGACUCCGGCGGCCCCCUCAUUCACAACAACGUUGUCGUUGGUGUAUGCUCCUGGGGGCACGAGUGUGCUCUUGCCUAUUUCCCUGGUGUUAAUGCUCGUGUGUCGCGCUACACCUCUUGGAUCCAGUCUAAUGCCUAA